CGGGCCCCGGCCGCGCCGUUGGGGAGCGGGCCCCGCGGGGCGGGGCGGGAGCCGCCGCGGAGCCUUCCGGCAGCCGCGACCAUGUCGGACCCGGCGCCCAAAGUUCCCGAUGAGAUGUUCCGAGAGGUCAAGUACUACGCGGUGGGCGACAUCGACCCGCAGGUUAUCCAGCUUCUGAAAGCUGGGAAAGCGAAGGAAGUGUCCUACAACGCGCUAGCCUCACACAUAAUUUCAGAAGACGGGGACAAUCCUGAGGUUGGAGAAGCUCGGGAAGUCUUUGACUUACCUGUCGUUAAGCCGUCUUGGGUGAUAUUGUCCGUUCAGUGUGGAGCUCUUCUGCCAGUGAAUGGUUUUUCUCCAGAGUCGUGUCAGAUCUUUUUUGGAAUCACUGCCUGCCUCUCCCAGGUGUCGUCUGAAGACAGGAGCGCCCUGUGGGCUUUGCUCACUUUCUAUGGGGGGAACUGCCAGCUGCACCUCAACAAGAAAUGCACGCAUCUGGUGGUCCCCGAACCAAAGGGGGAGAAAUACGAAUGUGCUUUAAAGAGAGCAAGUAUUAAAAUUGUUACCCCCGACUGGGUCCUGGAUUGCAUAUCUGAAAAAACCAAAAAGGAUGAAGCAUUUUACCAUCCUCGCCUCAUUAUUUAUGAAGAGGAAGAAGAGGAGGAGGAGGAGGAGGAGGAGGAGGAGGAGGUAGAAAAUGAGGAGCAGGAUUCCCCCAAUGAGGGUAGUACCGACGAGAAAUCGAGCCCUGCCAGUUCUCGAGAAGGAUCCCCUUCCGGUGCCCAGCAGUUCUCACCCAAGUCAAACACCGAAAAACCCAAAGGGGAGUUGAUGUUUGACGACUCUUCGGAUUCAUCGCCUGAGAAACAGGAGCGAAACUUAAACUGGACCCCAGCGGAAGUGCCACAGUUAGCCGCGGCCAAACGCAGACUGCCCCCGGGAAAGGAGCCGGGCCUGAUUAACUUAUGUGCCAGCGUGCCACCCGUUCCGGGCAGCGUCUUACCCCCCGACGUCCGGGGCAGCGUAAUGGCUUCGGGACAGAACCUGCAGAGUUCUGAAAGAUCAGAAAUGAUCGCUUCUUGGAGUCCGGCGGUGCGGACGCUGAGAAACAUUACGAAUAAUGCUGACAUUCAGCAGAUCGGCCGGCCGCCAAAUGUGGCACACAUCCUACAGUCCCUUUCAGCGCCCACGAAAACCUUAGAGCAUCAGGUGAACCACAGCCAGCAGGGCCACGCGAACGCCGGUGCCGUGCUGUUCGGCCAAGUGAAGGUGGCCCCGGAGCCACACCUGCCGCAGCCCCCGCCCCCGCCCCCGCCGCCGCACCCGGUCCUGCACCUUCCGCCCCAGCAGAUCCUGCAGCUCCAGCCGCAGCCGCAGAUCCCGCAGCAGCCCUACGCCCCGCCGCAGCCACACCCCUUCCCGCAGCCGCCGCCGCCCCGCCCGCAGCCGCCCCUGCAGCCGCAGCACCCGCAGGCGCCGCAGCACCUGCAGCAGCAGCUACAGCAGCACCUGCAGCAGCAGCAGCAGCUGGCCCAGCUGCAGCGCCUGCACCUGCAGCAGCACAUGCACGCGCCCGCCGCGCCCCCGCCGCCCCCGCCGCCCCAGGCCCCGCCCCCGCCACAGCCGCAGCCGCCGCCGCCCCCGCACCCGCACCAGCACCCGCACCCGCACCAGCACCCGCACCAGCUGUUUGGACACGACCCGGCAGUGGAGAUUCCCGAAGAAGGGUUCCUCCUGGGCUGUGUGUUCGCGAUUGCGGAUUAUCCUGAGCAGAUGUCUGAUAAGCAGCUCCUGGCCACCUGGAAAAGGAUAAUCCAGGCGCACGGCGGCACCGUGGACCCGACGUUCUCGAGCCGGUGCACACAUCUCCUCUGCGAGAGUCAGGUCAGCGGGAUGUACGCACAGGCGAUCAGGGAGAGGAAGAGAUGUGUCACAGCGCACUGGCUAAACACCGUCCUGAAGAAGAGGAAGAUGGUGCCGCCCCACCGUGCCCUUCACUUCCCGGUGGCUUUCCCCCCCGGAGGGAAGCCGUGUUCUCAGCACAUUAUUUCUGUGACUGGAUUUGUCGACAGUGACAGGGACGACCUGAAGCUCAUGGCUUACCUGGCAGGCGCCAAGUACACGGGCUACCUGUGCCGCAGCAACACGGUGCUCAUCUGUAAAGAGCCUGCCGGUUUGAAGUACGAAAAGGCCAAGGAGUGGAGAAUACCGUGCGUGAACGCCCAGUGGCUUGGCGACAUUCUCCUGGGGAACUUCGAAGCGCUGAGACAGGCCCACUGCGGCCGCUACACGACGUUCAGUCUGCAGGAGCCCUUUGCCCCUACCCCGCACUUGGUUUUCAGUCUCCUGGAUGCCUGGAGGGUCCCGCUGAAGGUGUCGGCAGAACUGCUGAUGGGCGUGAGGCUGCCUCCCAAACUGAAGCAGAAUGAAGUGACCAACGUCCAGCCUUCUUCCAAAAGAGCCAGAAUUGAAGAUCUACCCCCUCCCACCAAAAAGUUAACACCAGAAUUGACCCCUUUUGUGCUUUUCACUGGAUUUGAGCCUGUGCAAGUUCAACAGUAUAUUAAGAAGCUCUACAUCCUUGGGGGCGAGGUCGCCGAGUCUGCGCAGAAAUGCACACACCUCAUCGCCAGCAAAGUGACGCGCACGGUGAAGUUCCUGACGGCCAUCUCCGUGGUGAAGCACAUCGUGACGCCGGACUGGCUGGAAGAGUGUUUCAAGUGUCAGACGUUUAUCGAUGAGCAGAACUACCUCCUCCGAGACGCUGAGGCCGAAGUGCUCUUCUCUUUCAGUCUGGAAGAGUCCUUGAAGAGGGCACACGCUUCUCCACUCUUCAAGGCAAAAUAUUUUUACAUCACGCCUGGAAUCUGCCCAAGCCUGUCAACCAUGAAGGCGAUCGUGGAAUGUGCAGGGGGACGAGUAUUGUCUAAACAGCCGUCUUUCCGGAAACUUGUGGAGCACAAGCAAAAUAAGAGCUUAUCAGAGAUCAUCUUAAUAUCCUGCGAGAACGACCUUCACUUAUGUCGGGAGUAUUUCGCACGGGGCAUAGACGUCCAUAACGCAGAGUUCGUGCUCACCGGGGUGCUCACACAGACACUGGACUAUGAAUCGUAUAAAUUUAACUGAUGGCAUCCGCACCGCGACUGGAGUCCUGGGCACGGGCCCGGCCGCGGCCGCCGUCGGGUGGACGGACCCGCUUCCUGCAGAGGCCCGCGUUUGCCAGCUGCUUUGGGAGGCAGGCGCUCUAGAGCAGGAAAACCAAUAGGAUACAUAUGCUGCAUCUUUUUAAGAUGUGUAAUUUUAUUCUGAGGAAACAUAAAUUAUGUUUUGUAUUAUAUGAAUUUAUGAGCCCACAUUAGGUUUUAUGAUUCAUUUGCCAGGUUUUUAAAUGUUUUGACAACACUGUUAACAGAACUUCAACUACAAAUAAAAUGGUGUAAAUAAAGACCUUGCUAUCUCUAAAUUAUGAUGUUAAAGAUUUGAAAUGUUUUGUACUUUGAUUAUUUUUAUUUCUUAUACUCCUUUCUUUUAUAUUGAUAUCUUGCCCACAUUUUAAAUAAAUGUACUUUUGAACUUAGAA